AUGCUGCAUGCGUUCGAUGCGUCCAAGCGCGAGUCGCUCCAGAAGCUCCAGGAUGCGAUCGACAAGUCGCCCAAGGGCAGCAUCGAUGCGCCGAUCGUCGACAUGAUUGAAGCCGUGAAUGGCCACCCCAACUACGUCACGAGCAGCAGUUGCUCGGGCCGCAUCGCUGUCUUUUGCGGCGUCGCCGAAGACGGCGCCGACCACUUGAUCACGAAAGGCGGCAAAUGGCUCGUGAGCUCGCACGCGCCCGUCUCGUACGACGAGCUGCACGCGGCCGUGCUCGCGGACCCGUCCCAGCUCAAUGGCAUGGUCAUCUUCAAGCACGAGCCGUUCAUCAUGCACGUGCAAUGUCGCGACGAAGAGGCGGCCAAGGCCAUGCUCCAGUGCGGUCUCGCCUGCGGCUUUCGCGAGUCGGGCGUCGUCCUCGGCAACAAGCGAACGAUGGUCGCGAUCCGAACGACCGCCAACUCGAUGGAAAUCCCGAUUGCGCUCAACGGGAAGCUCAUGGUCGACGACGAGUACCUGCGCUGGAUCCUUGCGAUCGCCAACGAAAAGUUCGAGGCCAACGUCUGCAAGACCCAGCGCUUCAUGGCCGAGCUCUCGUCGUCGCUCAUUGCACCGCCGCGCACGCAGCUCGUGUCGAUUUCUGCAACGCGCGCCGCGAUCGAGGCGCCCCGCGCCGGCCACACGAGCGUCCUCCACAAGGGCCGCGUCUACUUGCUUGGCGGCCAAGGUGCCACAGCCACAGGCACCUCGCGUUUGAGCGAUGUUGUUGUUAUCGACGCCGCCACCAAGGCCAUUCUGCAGACGUGCGAUGUCGCGCCCAUGACAGCGCGCAUGCACCACUCGGCUGUGGUCCACAACGGCGCCAUGCUCGUCUUUGGCGGCCGCGCCAGCCCCGCAAAGGCGCUCAACGAGCUCUGCUCGCUCAACCUCACGACGCUCGAGUGCACGACCGUUGCGGCAACGGGCGACGUCCCAUCGCCACGCUACGGCCACGCUGCUGUCCUCGGUGCGUCGCUUCGGCUUCAUGGCCUC